AAAGACACGUUUUGUCUGAAAAAUUAAAUGUUUAAUUUAUUCCGUCAAGCAGAUGUUUUUUCCUACUUUUUAAACUUUCAUACAUACAUGCAUACGUAUUAAACCAAACACCAACCAGCUUAUAAAUACCAUUAACCUAGAGAAAACGUGAAGAAGAUCCUCUCUCCAUUAAAACUUUCUUCCUUCAUUUGCCCAAAAAUCUAAAGAUUACCUGAAUUUUAAUUACCAAAAUAUAAACCAAUCUUCAAGCACAUAAAAACAUGUCCGAUCACCAGAAAAUUCAUCCGGUGAGCGACCCGGAAGCUCCACCUCCGGCACAUCCAACGGCUCCUCUAGUCCCACGUGGCUCCUCAAGAUCGGAACACGGUGACCCGACCAAAGAAUCUGUGACGCAACCACCACUGUUGGAUACUCCUCCGAGGAAGAAGAGAGGAAGCUGUUGCUGUAGGUGCGUGUGUUACACGCUCCUAGUUAUUUUCCUCCUUAUUGUCAUCGUUGGAGCGGCCGUUGGUAUUCUCUACCUUGUCUUUAGACCGAAGUUACCGGAUUACAAUAUCGACCGGUUACAGCUCACCCGGUUUACACUUAACCAAGAUUCCAGUUUGUCCACUGCGUUUAACGUCACCAUUACCGCCAAGAAUCCCAACGAGAAAAUUGGAAUCUACUAUGAAGACGGAAGCAGAAUUAGCGUCUUGUACAUGCAAACCAGACUUAGCAAUGGGUCGUUGCCGAAAUUCUACCAAGGACAUGAGAAUACGACUAUUAUAUUCGUAGAAAUGACUGGUUAUACUCAGAAUGCAACCAGUUUAAUGGCGACACUGCAAGAGCAACAACAGUUAACCGGAAGUAUACCGUUGCGGAUUAGAGUUAUACAACCGGUUCGGAUCAAACUCGGGAAAUUAAAGCUGAUGGAAGUAAAGUUCAUGGUGAGGUGUGGUGUAUCCGUUGAUAGCUUGGCUGCUAACAAUGUGAUUAGUGUUAGAAGUAGUAACUGCAAAUUCAGGUUUAGACUAUAAUUUCAUUUUUUUUUCUAAAUUCAAAAUUAUUUAAUUACUGUGUUUAUUCAGCAAUUUGCAUUACAAUAUGGAGGGGUUGAGUUUCAAUUCGUAGUACCUCCCCCCACCCCAAAAGACGAUCAUCUCCUUUGCUUUUGUUUUUAAAAGAGAAUAAACAAUUUUGUUUCACACCUUGUAACCUUGUAAAUAAUUAAUAAAUAAUAUACACUUUUGUUUGUUGUU